GUGUGUUUCUAGUGUUUUGUAAAAGAGUGUGAGAGAAGGGCUCAAUGCACACAGUGGCGCAAAAUACGCCAAACGUACUAUUCCGGUCUCCACUUCUCCUCUCAUUCCCAACGUUACACCUUCACUCCGGCUAACCUACGCUUUCAUGUCCCCUUCCGUUACACUUCAUUAAAACCAAUGCUUCAACAACCCACACUGCCGUUUAUGGCUAACAUGCGCUUCCUCUUCAUCCUCCUCAUCUCCUCCGCCACUUUGCUAACACACGCCGACCCUUCGCCUGAAACCCUAACAGAAAUCGACACACUUCUCGAUUUCAAACUUAACCUUCAUGAUCCACUCGGUGCACUCACCAGCUGGGACCGGUCAACCUCUUCCGCUCCAUGCGACUGGCGAGGCGUCGGUUGCUCCGCCGGCCGCGUCACUGACCUCCGUUUGCCACGUCUGCAGCUUAACGGCGCAUUGUCUACCAAACUCGGUAACCUGCGCAUGCUGCGCAGACUAAGCCUCCGGUCAAACAGCUUCAACGGUAGUAUUCCGGUAUCUCUGUCAAAAUGUGAACUCUUACAAUAUGUUUUCCUUCAGUAUAACUCUUUUUCCGGCGAGAUACCGCCGGAGAUUUCAAAUCUGAAACAGAUUUUAAUAUUUAACGUCGCCGGAAACAAUAUCUCCGGCGAAGUUCCGAAAACUUUUCCGUCAAGUCUCCGGUACCUUGAUCUGUCCUCAAACUCACUCUCCGGCGAGUUACCGAACAACCUCUCCGACUCACCGGAUCUGCAACUCGUAAACUUUUCAUACAAUCAUCUCACCGGAGUGAUUCCGGAGAGGUAUGGCGGCUUAAAAAACCUUCAGUACCUUUUACUUGAUUACAAUAACUUGCAAGGUACUUUACCGUCGGCGUUAGCGAACUGUGUUUCACUGCUGCAUUUUAGCGCCGACGGUAACGCAAUCGGAGGUGUUAUUCCGGCCGGAAUAGCUUCGCUUCCUAAGCUACAAGUUAUUUCACUCUCGAAUAAUAAUCUCACCGGUUUAAUUCCGGCGUCUAUAUUUUGUAAUGUUUCCGUUGAUAAACCGUCGAUACGGAAUGUUCAGUUAGGGUUUAAUGCGUUUACGGAUAUUAUUCCUCCUGUGUCUGGUAAAUGUUUUAGUGUUUUGCAAGUUUUAAAUCUUCAACAGAAUCAGAUUCAUGGUGAUUUUCCGUUGUGGUUGACUGAUUUAGCUACAUUAACGGCUUUAGAUGUUUCUGGUAAUCGUUUGUCUGGUGAAAUUCCUGGUGAGAUUGGGUGGUUGAAGCAGUUGGAGGAGUUGAAGUUGGCGAAUAAUUCGUUAUCCGGUUUGUUUCCUAGUGAGAUUAAGGAACUGGUUAACCUGAGGGUUUUAAAUCUUGAAGGGAAUUUGUUUUCUGGUAAAAUUCCAAAGUUUUUGAGUGAGCUGACAGGGCUUAAGAUGUUGUAUUUGGGUGGGAAUCGGUUCAACGGUAGUGUUCCUUCGAGUUUUAGCAAUCUUACCCAACUCGAAACGUUGAGCUUGAGAGGUAAUAAUCUCGGUGGAACCUUGCCGGAAGAUUUGAUGUCAAUGGGCAGCCUUACAACAUUGGACCUUGAAGGGAACAGUUUUUUGGGUGAAAUUCCGGUUAGUAUUGGGAAUUUGAAAGGUCUAUCGGUUUUAAAUUUGAGUGGGAAUGGGUUUUCUGGUAAGAUUCCAGGAAGCAUUGGGAGUCUGUAUAAGUUGACUGCUCUUGAUUUGAGCAGACAGAAUCUCACCGGAGAGUUGCCGUUGGAUCUUUUUGGUUUGCCUAACCUGCAACUGGUUGCUUUGCAAGAAAAUUCGUUUUCCGGGGAUGUCCCUGAAGGUUUCAGCAGCUUGUUAGGUUUGCGUUACUUGAAUCUGUCUUCGAAUUUGUUUUCUGGUCACAUUCCUUCAACUUAUAGCUUUCUCAAGUCAUUGGCUGUUCUAUCUUUGUCGAAUAACAAUGUCUCUGGUAACAUUCCACCGGAGCUUGGCAAUUGCUCUGCUCUUCAGGUUCUUGAUUUGGGUUCAAACACAUUGAGUGGGAAAAUCUCUCCUGAUAUUUCACAUCUCUUGCAUUUGACCCAACUCGAUUUGAGUAACAAUAAUCUUUCCGGUGAGAUACCACCGGAAUUGUCCAGCAUCCCAUCCUUGAACUCCAUUAUACUAAACUCCAACCAUCUUUCCGGAAACAUUCCGGAGUCGUUUUCCCAUCUGUCUAACCUCAAUUCGCUAGAUCUCAGUUCAAACGACUUGAGUGGUGAGAUUCCAGCAAAUCUUACCGCAAUUUCAAGCUUGAUGUAUUUUAAUGUCUCCAACAAUGAUCUUGAAGGGCCAAUUCCUGAGCCAUUGGCUUCUAGAUUCAACAAUGAAUCCGUUUAUGCGGGUAAUGGUGGUUUAUGUGGGAAGCCGUUGGAUCGAAAGUGCAAAGGGGUAACUAGCGGUAGUAACAAAAGAAUGAUUUGGCUGAUUGUUGUAGCUGCUGCUGGAGCUAUUUUCAUGUCUCUAUGUUGUUGCUUCUACACAUACAGUCUCUUCAGAUGGCGAAGACGGAUUCAAGAGAAGUCAAAAGCGGGUGAGAAGAAGAAAACGAGUCCACAACGAAGCUCGGGGACACGAAGUAGUGGCGAAAAUGGAGGCCCGAAGCUUGUUAUGUUUAAUAACAAGAUUACUCUGGCCGAAACCCUAGAAGCAACCCGGCAGUUUGAUGAGGAGAAUGUUUUGAGCAGAACCCGAUUCGGGUUGAUCUUUAAAGCGUGUUACAAUGAUGGAAUGGUGUUGUCGAUUCGUAGGCUGCAAAGCGGGCUACUUGACGAGAACAUGUUUAAGAAGGAAGCAGAAUUGCUCGGGAAAGUCCGACACCGUAAUUUGACCGUUCUUCGUGGAUAUUACGCGGGUCCACCUGAUCUUAGGCUGCUUGUGUAUGACUACAUGCCAAAUGGAAACCUUGCAACUUUGCUUCAAGAAGCAUCUCACCAAGACGGGCAUGUUUUGAACUGGCCCAUGAGGCACUUAAUCGCCCUCGGUAUAGCCCGCGGGCUAGCUUUCCUUCAUUCGACUACCAUGGUCCAUGGCGAUGUCAAGCCACAAAAUGUUCUCUUUGAUGCAGAUUUUGAAGCCCAUGUGUCUGAAUUCGGGCUAACCCCACUCGCCACCAGCAGAUCACCAGAAGCUGCAACCUCCAGUUCCGGUUCAGUCGGGACCCUGGGCUACGUGUCACCCGAAGCAAUACUAACCGGUGAAGUGACAAAGGAGUCAGAUGUCUACAGUUUCGGGAUUGUUUUGCUGGAGUUGUUAACAGGUAAGAAGCCAGUGAUGUUCACACAAGAUGAAGAUAUUGUCAAAUGGGUCAAAAGACAGUUGCAAAGAGGUCAAGUUUCCGAGCUUUUGGAACCCGGGCUGCUCGAGUUAGACCCCGAGUCAUCUGAAUGGGAAGAGUUCUUGCUUGGUGUUAAAGUCGGGCUACUUUGCACCGCACCUGACCCGCAAGACCGGCCCAUGAUGGGCGACAUUGUGUUCAUGCUCGAAGGUUGUCGGGUUGGUCCCGAUAUUCCAUCAUCGGCCGACCCAACCUCCCAACCUUCCCCGGUGUAGACCCAAAAAUAACCCAAGUUUGUUUUGUUUAACAUUAAUUUUCUAUUGAUGUUUUUUCAAAAGAUUUGAUUGUAGUAAUUGUAGUUUAGAAAUUUGGUAUUUAAAAUGUGGCAAUUUAGGAGGUUUUUGUUUUACGGAUAUGUUUCAGUUUUGUACUUUACGGUGGCCGUGCCGGCGACGGCGCCGGUGGUGGUGGUGGUGUUGGGUGGAAGGAUAAUUGGACAAGUGAGUCCGGCGAGGUAACAUGGUGGUCAGUGGGGGUCUGACAAUAGAGCCGUUAAUGCAUCACACUUACAUUUUAAUAUUA